CGUUGUGCCAAAGCUGGUAACGCAGCCCUCGAAGGCCUCACAUCCCAACAGUUGAUUGAUUUGACCCAAAAAAAUCUGGUGACCGCCACAGCUAUGGUCAACAAGAGAUCCAAUGCCGCCCGACAACUGGGACUCAACUGCUAUUAUGACUUCAACAACGCUUACGGACCGGGAGUUAUGAAUAUUAUGGGACCCACUGGUGAACCAAAGGUGUUGAGCACUGCCACCAGCGAUGCCCAAAGAGCCAAAGCCACCAAAGAAAUCGCGGGAAUGACUCAAUUGAUCAUUUGUGACGAGCAAUACCGGGCCAACCAUAUGAAUGACACCGUUCAGUGCAAUUUCAUUGAGCAGUAUGGCGGCGCUCUCGCAGAAUUCACAUUCAGAUUACCUAUUCUUGAGACGUUUAUGGGUGUUGGCGGUACAUUGCUCAAAGCACUCUCACCACCAAUGGCCUCAGUUGUUACCCAGAUCAAGAACCUGUACGAACAGCUAUACACCGCAGGAAAGCAAUGUUCCCAAAACUCAUCGCUAACUCCGGCCCAGAGAUGUGCUAACCUUAAAAUGUUUGACUUAGAGUUGCGCCGAAUUGGAGAGUUAGGUGCUCUGGCAGUGGCAUCCAAAUUGCCCUUGGUGUAAAUGUUAUGUUAUGCAACAUAUUCUUGUCAAAUAAUUUUAGUCGACUAAAUAAAUAACUUUAUUUAAAAUAA